AUGGGGUCCCUUCAACCCGACUUUGGUCUCGAUUCAAAUGCCAACACUCCCAACGAUGAAUACCCACGGUACUUCAGCUCCGGCGACGAGGCCGUCGUCCCUACCUCUCGCGACGACUCGGACCCGUCACUAGAUGACAACGGCGAGCUGUGGCCUCGAGACCAGCAACAAAAGACGGCUACCUACGACUAUGCCUUUGAGAAGUCCAUGAGUCACGCUGAGGCAAAACUCUUCUACCAACAUCACCAACAAUCGUCCAAGACGGGGUCUGCAACCGGCGAGAACACUGCACAAGGUGUCCCCGUUAGCCCCGUCCCCACAAAUAGCUCUAUCGUCGAGUCCAACGAAGGAGACCGCUCAUUCCACGGCGAUUCUUCUUCUCGCCCUCGAGGAAACUCCAUUAUGCAUGAAGCAGAGUGGUAUCCUUCUACCUCUUCCCAGUCCGGUGGGGACGGUACUCUGCCUAACAGUGCCCAACAGGCCGCAGAUCUCGCCGCUCGAAGCCAUGCCGCCACGUUCAGCCCCGCCCAGACUUCACACAUCGCCGCGGCUGAAGGCAUCCAAGGGAAUGGUCUCGGUAUUGGUGGUCUCCCCCAGGGUGCCAAUGGGUUCGCGCCGAGUGGUGAUGCUGUGAGCUCCGAGUUGAGUUCCAUCUAUCGCAAGAUCAAGGGUCUCUUGGAUCGUCGAACCAAAUAUAUGGAAUUGUCCUUGCAACAACCGGGAGAGCCUGCCUGGGACGAUGAAGAGAAAAUGGGCGAGGAUAUCGGUGAAGAUUUCGAUUUCGAGGAGCUGUUGCCUCUUCCCGGCCCAUCGGAUUGGACAUACCGUUUGGACCGGAGCAGUGUCUACCAAGUCUAUGAGUCGGAAGACGCGAAAGAGCCUGCGGUUCGCAUCCCUUCAUUGCGGGAUUUCUACAUGGAUUUGGAUGCCGUGGUGGAUGUCUCGACGGAUGGGCCAGCUAAGAGUUUUGCCUUUAAGCGUCUCUCAUAUUUGGAAGGCAAAUAUCAGCUAUACACCCUCUUGAAUGAAUAUCAGGAAGUCGCAGACAGCAAGAAAGUCCCCCACCGUGAUUUUUACAACGUCCGAAAGGUCGACACUCACGUUCACCACUCGGCGUGUAUGAACCAGAAGCAUCUGCUUCGUUUUAUCAAGAGCAAGAUGCGCAAAUCUCCCGAUGAGGUGGUUCUCUUCCGUGAUGGCAAGCACUUGACUCUGCGGGAGGUCUUCGAAAGUAUCAACUUGACUGCUUACGAUCUCAGUAUUGAUACCUUGGAUAUGCACGCCCACACCGAUUCUUUCCAUCGCUUUGACAAGUUCAACCUCAAAUACAACCCAGUUGGAGAAUCUCGUCUUCGUGAAAUCUUCUUGAAGACAGAUAACUACAUCAAGGGCCGAUACCUGGCCGAGAUCACUAAAGAAGUGAUCUCCGAUUUGGAGUCCAGCAAAUAUCAAAUGGUUGAAUGGCGUAUCUCCAUUUAUGGACGAUCGCCCGACGAGUGGGACAAGCUGGCUGCGUGGGUCGUCGACAAUAAACUGUUUUCCCCCAACGUCCGCUGGUUGAUCCAGGUGCCCCGCCUCUACGAUGUCUACAAGUCCAGCGGCAUGAUGGAAAACUUCGAACAAGUGAUCACCAAUGUUUUCCAACCACUGUUCGAGGUGACCAAGGAUCCAUCCAGCCACCCCAAACUCCACAUCUUCCUGCAGCGCGUCGUCGGAUUUGACAGUGUGGAUGACGAAAGCAAGACCGAGCGCCGCUUCUACCGAAAGUAUCCCAUCCCGCGAGACUGGGAUACCAAACAGAAUCCACCCUACAGCUACUGGUUGUACUUCAUGUUCGCCAACAUCGCAUCCCUCAAUCAGUGGAGGAAGCGCCGCGGUUUCAAUACCUUCGUUCUCCGCCCACACUGCGGUGAAGCAGGUGACCCGGACCAUUUGGCCGUGGGCUUCCUUGCUUGUCACAGUAUCAGUCACGGCAUUUUACUUCGCAAGGUCCCUCUGCUCCAGUAUCUUUACUAUCUACACCAGAUAGGCAUCGCCAUGUCUCCACUGAGUAACAACGCCCUGUUCCUCACUUACGAUAAGAACCCCUGUGCCAGCUUCUUCAAGCGAGGACUGAAUGUCUCCCUGUCAACCGAUGACCCUCUCCAAUUCGCAUUCACUAAAGAACCCCUGAUCGAGGAAUAUUCGGUAGCCGCUCAAAUCUACAAAUUUAGCGCUGUCGACAUGUGCGAACUUGCCAAGCACUCUGUCGAUCAGAGUGGAUUCGAGAUUACCUUGAAGAAGAGAUGGCUUGGUGAAGAUUGCAGUCAGCCUGGGGUGCGCGGUAACAAUGUUGCGAAGAGUAACGUUCCCGAUAUUCGCGAGGCGUUCAGGAAUGAUACUCUCGCCGCUGAGUUAUCCCUUGUUGAACGGUACGCCGAGGGUUCUGGCGUUGAUGAGCGCAGUGCCUUGGCCCCGGGUUUGUUGCAUACGGCUCAGCAAGCGUCUAUCAAGCCCGCUAAUGCUAAGUCUUGA